UUUGUAAAUUAGACAACAUAUGAUGACAUGACAUAGAUUAAGGGCAGGGUUUUGUUGUUUUCACGUGAUUUCUGACCUAUACGCUCAGACAGCUGCUCCUCCUCUUGUAUGAAAUGGCAUUGGCAUCCCAAGAGAGGAAAAUCACUUGAUCUCCAACAAUGCCGAUUCAUCCGCACUUAUUACUCUUGCUACUACUGCUGCUUGCGUCCUCAAACGCCCACUGCUCCAAACUCCCCACCUUAGUUUUCACCGACGCAACCGCUCUCCUCGCCUUCAAACUAAAAGCCGACGUCAACGACCACCUUCACUUCUCCCCCCUCACGCGCGGCCUCCGCUUCUGCGCGUGGCAAGGCGUGGAAUGCAACGGCCCCAAAGUGGUCCGUCUCGUUCUCCAAAACUUAGAUCUCGGAGGCGCGUGGGCUCCCAACACACUCUCGCGUCUCGACCAGCUCCGCGUCCUCAGCUUGCAGAACAACUCACUCACCGGACCCUUACCUGACCUCACCGGUCUCUUCAAUCUCAAAAGCCUCUUCCUCGAUAACAACUACUUCACCGGUUCUCUCCCUCCCUCACUCUUCUCUCUCCACCGUCUCCGAAACUUGGAUUUCUCCCACAACAACUUCUCCGGACCUAUCUCCGCCGCGUUCACCUCCCUAGACCGCCUCCACAGCCUCCGUUUAAGCUUCAACUCUUUUAACGGUUCAAUCCCUCCGUUUAACCAGUCCUCCCUAAAAGUCUUCGAAGUCUCCGGCAACAACCUCUCCGGCGCGGUUCCAGUGACUCCGACCCUGUUCCGUUUUCCGCCUUCCUCCUUCGCCUUCAACCCUAGCCUCUGCGGCGAAAUCAUCCGCGUGCAAUGCCGUCCCGCACAGCCUUUCUUCGGACCCGCGGCGCCGCCCACGGCGGCGCUCGGCCAGAGCGCGCAGGUGCACGGCGUCAACGGCAUAAUCCGGCAGCCGUACGAGAAGAAGCGCCACGACCGGAGGGCGCUGAUUAUUGGCUUCUCGGCCGGAAUAUUCGUUCUGGUUUGCUCGCUGGUGUGCUUCGCGGCGGCGGUGAGGAAGCAGAGGAGCCGGAGCAAGAAGGACGGGAGGUCGGGGAUUAUGGCGGCGGAUGAGGCGGCGACGGCGGAGGCUGCGGCGGUGAUGCGGAUGGAGAUGGAGAGGGAGCUGGAGGAGAAAGUAAAGAGAGCGGAGGUGGCGAAGAGUGGGAGUUUAGUAUUCUGUGCGGGUGAGGCGCAGGUGUAUACGCUGGACCAGCUCAUGAAGGGUUCAGCUGAACUUUUAGGGAGAGGGUGUUUGGGAACCACUUAUAAGGCGGUUCUUGAUAGCCGUCUGAUGGUGACGGUGAAGCGCCUUGAUGCGGGGAAAAUGGCUUCGCAUGCAACUAAGGAAGUGUUCGAGCGACACAUGGAAUCCGUUGGUGGCCUUCGACACCCCAAUUUGGUUCCUCUUAGGGCUUAUUUCCAGGCCAAGCACGAGAGGCUCAUAAUCUACGACUUUCAGCCCAAUGGCAGCCUCUUCUCCCUCAUACACGGUUCGAGAUCAAGCAGGGCAAGGCCAUUGCAUUGGACAUCGUGCUUAAAAAUAGCAGAGGACGUAGCACAAGGUCUGGCCUUCAUCCACCAGGCAUGGAGACUGGUCCAUGGCAAUCUCAAGUCCUCCAAUGUUCUCCUUGGACCAGAUUUUGAGGCAUGCAUUACAGAUUACUGCCUUUCUGUGUUGACACACCCAUCCAUAUUUGAUGAAGAUGGGGAUUCAGCAGCAUACAGAGCUCCGGAGACUCGCAACCCCAAUCAUCACCCAACCCACAAAUCCGAUGUUUAUGCGUAUGGGAUUUUGUUGCUUGAGCUUCUGACGGGGAAAUUUCCCUCCGAGCUCCCAUUCAUGGUUCCUGGUGACAUGUCAAGUUGGGUGAGGUCCAUCAGGGAUGACAAUGGGAGCGAAGAUAACCAAAUGGACAUGCUUCUUCAGGUGGCUACAACUUGUAGCUUGACCUCACCGGAGCAGAGGCCAACUAUGUGGCAGGUCUUGAAGAUGUUGCAGGAAAUCAAAGAGAUUGUACUAUUGGAGGAUAGUAGUGAAUUGGACAUACGCAGUAGUAAUGCCAUGCCUUAGUCUUAUUUUAUUUUUCUUAAUUUUUUUUUUCGGUUUAAUUAUGUGAUAAACGGUGGAUAGAAGGACAGAAGAGUAGUAUAUUAACCGGGUAAAAAAAUUAAGAAAGAAAUCCAUAAAUUAUACUUUGUUGUAUUCCUUAAAUAGAAUUUACCAUCUUGGUAUUAACUUUGUAGGUUUGGGAGAGCGCAUAACGUCCCUUUUUUGGGCUUUGUAUAUCGCUGCUUGGGUUGGGAAGUUUAAAGAAAAUAUUGUCAUUCUUGGUUGUUUAAACUUUAUUCAGCUUUUGUUGUUUA